AUGAAAAAUUUCUUGACUCGUUUGUUGGUCUUCCAACAUUUUAAUCAGAAGAAAGAAGAUGAUCCCGAGGAGAUUGAUUUGAUAAGAUCGAAAAUUCUAGAGCAUGCUCGAAAGCAGUUACUUAUAUCAGAAUCACUUAUCACAGAUGAUGGGAACACCAACAUGGAGGGAAUUAAGACUCUAUUCAAGCAAGUUGAUACAGACAAUAACAAUGAGAUAUCAAAAACUGAACUAGAGAAACUGAUCCGUUCACUCAAUUUCGGAGAAUUUCAGCUGAAUUAUGAGGAAGUUGUAAAUGAUCUGUUCAAAGAUUUAGACAAGGAUGGUAACAAUGUGAUUGAUGAAAUAGAAUUCAUCAAUGGACUUAAAGAAUUGGUGAAUGACGCCCUUCCUGCAGCUAAACACUUGGGUGAGAAUGGAAGUGCUAAUGAAAUUCACAAGAUUGUGAAGGAAAAAGUGGUGCAUGGAAAGUCAGUAGUAUGGACUCUUAUCAAAUCUGUAUUACAAGUGGUACUGGGUAUUGUUGCAAUGACCUAUCUUGGAGGACCUCUGACAACUAGUAUCCUACAGCUAUCAUAUUCCAUGAAUGCGCCUUCUUUCGCCAUCUCAUUCGUGGUAGUGCCUUUGGCCAUGAAUAGCAGAGCUGCGAUAGCAGCACUCUCUCCAGCCAGUCACAAGAGUGAAAAGACUGCUUCUUUGACAUUUUCAGAGAUUUAUGGUGGAAUUGUAAUGAGCAACAUCUCAAAUUUGACAGCACUAUUAGCAAUUGUAUAUGCAAAGGAUUUGAACUGGGAUUAUUCAGCGGAAGUGUUAACAGUUUUGGUGGUUUGUGCCAUAAUAGGGUUUCUUGCAUACUCACGCACCAGUUAUCCUCUGUGGACUUGCUUAUUAGCAUUUUUCCUCUAUCCAUUCUCCUUAGGUUUGUUUUAUUAUGCUGAAUAUGUUUUGCGUUGGAAUUAA